UGCUGUGAAGCCACACAACGCGUUGAUCAAUACGCCAUAGCAUUGUAGUUGAAGGCUUUCGGCCUUUUCUGACUUAGCCUAAGAAGGGUUCCAGCUUACCUGUGCAAAUGGCUGACGAUGAUCGCGAUGAGAAUGAGCAGGAGCAGGAGGAGCUUGCUAGCAAGGAUCGGCAAGGCCGAGAGCAGGCGGCGGCCCUUAAAUCGAUGACCGACAAGGGGCCAGAGGAGCGACAAAUGGAUGAAAGCAAAGUGGCUCAGGCCAUGCAAACACUGCUAGCUGCUCAGCGGGCCAGCAAGGACGCGGAGCGCCAGAGGGAGCGCGAGCUGGCCGCCGUCAAGGUGUCGCGCCCCGACAUCGAGCUGCUGGCGGCUGAGCUGGAGAUCCGCGACCUGAAGGCGGCGGAGCGGGCGCUGCGGCUGGCGGGGGGCGACCUGCGCCGGGCGCUAGAGCAGUACCUGGGCAUGCAGGCGGGAGGGGCGGCGUGAGGAGGGAGGAGGGCGGGGGAGGCGGGAUGAGGGCGGGGUUGCUGCUGGGAGGAAGGGUAGUAGAGCAUGUGAGAAGGGGUGCUGAAAGAGCGGGAUGCGUGCAGGUUGUUGGUGUUUGGCUGUAGAUAGCUGCGAGGGUGUGAAGGAAGAUGUGGCAAGAGGGUUGUAUGGGUGGGAGAGUAGUGGAGGCUAGGCGAGGCAGAAGGGCGUUGUGACCGCCGAUGGGGGGUGGGAUGGGAACCGUCGGGAGCGAUGGGCUUGUAACUGUGUAGGCCACGCAACAACAGUGUGUCUGUCUUUCUAAUUGCCUUCUCUUAUUGGCAGAGAUAAGAACACAAACGUAAAGCGAUGUGCAAGGUGGAUGUUUAGCGCCUGUAUGCCGUUAACGCCAUAGGUCGCAGGGAUGUGAGAAACGCGGGAUGCGGCGUUUGGUGCUGGGCUGUGAGUCUUGCCUGCCUUGUCGCGUUGCAGUGUUGAUGCGUCUAUGUCUUAUGGCAGGUGACCGAGAGUAGAGUCGGGAAAGGGUGCCGAUGUCGGUGACUCUCUCGCUUAUUAGUUACAUGUGCAGUAGCCACAAAGCAUGUGUAGCCGCGGGGAGUGUGUAAAGUGGAGCUUAA